AUGACCAUCUUGAAAUCUCUUACUUCCAUGGGCAACGUUUCUGCCACCUCAAUGUCAAAGAGUGCCGUCGUCGGUAACUUUGGUGGAGCUUCCGGACAGGGUGCCAAUGGAGUGGCCUGCGGUGGAUGUGGUGGACACGGAGGAAUUGACAUUGACAUUGAUCUGGAUGUCAACCUCAACCUCAAUGGACUCCUCGGUGGUGUCCUUGGAAUUGUUGGUGGUCUCCUCGGAGGUGGCUGCCACAGAUGUUAA